AUGAGCGUUGCGCCGACAGUCCCCCGGUUCCUUCUUCCACGGCUGAGCUGGGCUGGCCCGCUUUCGGCGAAUCCCGGUUUCCAGGGAGCUCCGGCAGCUAUCCUCAACCAAGCAAGGGGUGCAAGCAAGACGGCAACAUGGCAGCAAGACCAGAGACGGUCAAUUUACUACAAUGGACAUCAUAUGAACAAGGCAACGCCGCUACGGGGUAAUAAUGGUGCCCGACCAGCAAGGAGUCUGAGCAGCAUGGUUCGCAACCCAACCUUCCGCCGCUCAUUCCACGCCACUGCCCCACGUAUGCGAGAUCACCACUUCGACACCCUACGCUUUGUGCAGCGCCUCCAAGAAGAAGGGUUCACGGAGGAACAAUCGGUGGCUAUGAUGAAAGUUCUCAACGAUGUCAUCGAGGAGAGCAUCCAAAACCUUACACGAACCAUGGUCCCCCGCGAAGAAGCCGCCAAAACGACCUACACGCAGAAAGUGGACUUCGCCAAGCUGCGCAGCGAGCUCCUCUCAGCAGACAGCACCGAGUCCAACGCGACACGGGCAGCACACGAGAAGCUAACCAACGACAUCACUAAACUCAACGGCCGGUUGCGUGACGAUAUUGGGCGCACCCAGGCCAGCGUGCGCUUGGAUCUGAACUUGGAGAAGGGCCGGAUUCGCGAGGAGGCUGUCUCGCAGGAGCUGAAGAUCAAGGAGACGGAGACGAAGAUUGAGCAGGAGGCUGCUGCGUUGCGUCAGCAGCUGGAACAGGUCAAGUUUCAGACGCUGCAGUGGUUGAUGGGGGUGUGCACUGGGUUUGCGGCGCUGCUGCUUGGUGCUUGGCGGUUGUUGAUGUGA